ACUGCGACAUUACAUUAUGAUUCUCAGCAAGUCGCAGAAAGAGGAGGAUAUGGAGGAGAAAGGUAUGAGCAGCUGGAGUUUCAGAAGAAAGCUAGGCAAUGUUACAAGGCUCUCCAUGAUGCUUCUUGGAAGCAAGCUAAGUGGGGCACAACAGAACAGAUAGAUCGACCUAUACUCUGGAAGGAGGCCAGAAAAGAUUCUUCUGGCAACUAUGUCACCGAGCAUGACAAGGUCAUGGGAGAGGCCAUCGAAGACAUGCUUGAGCAAAUAAAAGAGGGCAAACUGAUUGAGAUCGGAACAAAUGACAUCCUAACACAAGUGUUAGGUAAUGCUGAGCACCUCGGUCAAGUUCGAGGCCAAAGUCGAGGUGUCACACAAAGAGACUACUUUCAUAAGCCUAUUUGGAACAUACUGAGUUCUAUUGAUUUUGUCUGCCCGUUGAUUCUAUCUGAACUAUAUUGUAAUUACACAGGAAAUUAUGAAUGA